AUGUCAAAUGACACUGUUGAAGUGAUACCGUCAUAUAAUGUUGAUGAUGAUGAUUCAGAUGAUGAAAUUCAAAUAUUAGAAUUUAGAAAAAUAACUCAAGAUUUAUUAGAUAAUCCACAACAACAAAAUUCAAAUGAAUCUACAAGUACUUCAAAUGAAACUCAAGCUCCAAAAGUUACUAAAAAAUUAUCAGAAAGUCAAUGUCCUAUAUGUUUUGAUGAUAUAGAUAAUGCAACUGUUACAUCAUGUGGUCAUAUUUUUUGUUUAAAUUGUAUUGAACAAAGUAUUAGUAGUUCUCAUGCAAGAGGUAAUUCAUCAAUACCAAGAGGUAAAGGAUUAUGUCCAUUAUGUAGAAAAAUGGUAUCAUUUAAAGAAACUAUAGUACUAAAAUUAAGAAAAGGAGAAACCAAGUUCACAGAUUUUAAAAAUUAA